AACCAAGAGAAAUUAUUAUACUAUAAUAAUACUAUUGGACUAUUUAAAUGGGGGCUGUUAAAUUUUAGCACCACAUGUUAUAUUUCUAUAUUAUAACUAUAAAUUAUUCGUUACAUUCUCAAUAUCAUCUCAAAGUGUAUUUAAAUAACAUGUCACAUAGUUUUAUUUUCAACAUAAGUUUUCAUACGAGAAUUUGUGACAGAAAAAAAAAAUAGCAACGUUGUUUACAUGUCCUUGUUAACGGUGGCGCAUCAAAGAGGCUCAGGUGAGUUCACCGGAUUCACGGUGAAGCACGACGGUGGCGAUCACGACGAAGGUGGUAAUGAUGGUGGAAAUUUCAACCAAAUGCAGGGUGGUAGUUCAAUGGUUUCAGGGUAUAAUGGUGAUAGAGAAAGAAAUGAAAUGGUUUCAGCUCUUACACAUGCUGCAUCGUCAGGGUCUUAUCAAAUGGGUAAUAAUAAUGAAUGGAUUCAAAGAAGUGGUUUUCCUUUGAUAUCAAGUUUUGGAAAUGCAUCAUCUUCUUCAUCUUCAUUUUAUUCUUCGGGUUCGGGUUCGAGUUCGGGGUUAUUCUUACCUUCUGGAUCAUGGAUUGGUCACAAAAGAGAACGUGAGGAAGAAAGUAGUGAUUCUAAUCAGUUUAUAACACAAACUGUUCCUAAACUCUUUAGAACUGUUAUGGUACCUUCUCAAGGACAAAGAGAAUCAUCUUCAUCAUCAGUAACCGAAGAAGCUCCGGUCACAACGGCCAUAGCCACCGCGACAUCAACACCGGCAGUCGAAGAAAGCGGCGAGAGACGAAGAAGAUACAGAGGUGUUCGACAGAGACCAUGGGGAAAAUGGGCAGCAGAAAUAAGAGAUCCACACAAAGCAGCAAGAGUCUGGCUAGGAACAUUUGACACAGCAGAAGCAGCAGCAAGAGCUUACGACGAAGCCGCAUUGAGAUUUCGAGGAAGUAGAGCGAAACUCAACUUCCCCGAAAAUGUCAGAUCAAUUAUUCCGCCGCAGCCACGGCCACAACCACAGUCACUGUCGCAACUUCAAUCUUUUCCGGCCGCCGUAGUUCCCUCUGGAUCACCACAGCCGGCAUUUCAAAGUUCAUCUGACUUGAUCAGAGACUAUUUGGAAUAUUCUCAGAUUCUUCAAAGUUCAGGCGAUUUUCAGCUACAACAAAUGCAGCAGCAACAACAACAAUUGCAAGCUUCGAAUUUGGUUCAACAAUGGUAUUAUAAUUCACAAUUCUCAGCACUUCAAUCUUCAUCAGCUUCAUUUUCACCAUCUACUCAACUUUCUGAUUCCUCUGCUUCAUUUCCUCUGUUUUCUAGUCAACAAAUGGGAUUUUUCCGCCCGCCCGAAAAUCGUCCGCCUGAGGGCGGACACGGCAGAGGAUCGGUGUUUCCGCCGACAACUUGGUCAGAUACUAGUGCUCAUCCACCACCACCUUAUGGUUGAUCGAUUUGAUAAUAGUCACAAAGUUGUGACUCUUGAUAUUACACACACAAAAAGUAAUAUAGUUGUCAAUAAUAUAUUUAAAUUUUUUUAAAAAUUUAGUUGACACUAUAGUUAAGUUUCAUUCAUAGGUUUUUGUUUGUUUAUGUUUUUUAUAUUAUUUUUCCAUCUCCAUACACAUGUAUGAAAAAAAUGAAAGAGAAAAAAAGUGUAUCUUUAUUUUGGUAAUUCAUUUUUAGAUGAAAGAUAAUUCUUGAAA